UUCGUAUGGCCAAUCAGCAGCUCUCCUAUAAAGUGGGUGUGGUCUGUCAUGUUAAUCAUCCUCCCAGUCUCGGGACGCAGGCGGUGACCUGGGCAAUUCUCUAAUGCAUCCCAAGGAAAACCUUAUUCUGAUCUAUCCCACAGCAGCAUAAACACGCAUGAAUCACUGCGGCACGGCGCCAGUCACCUUGAUAAGAGACCCCCACACGCUAGACACCUGAGCUGUGUGUGUGUGUGUGUGUGAAAAACACAGCUGCUAUUGGUGGGUAUCAUUAAUAUCAAUAAAAACAACCAGCACAUCCCUCUCUCUAUAUAACGAGACAGACCUUCAACGUUUAUGUCUCAGGGUCUGGUUUAUAGUGCAUGAAGGUCAUUACCAUGUUCACGCGUGUUAAUGAGUCUAAUGAAAGAUUAGGCCUAUGGAUUAAAUGCUGCGUUCUGCAAUAAAACAAGGUCUAUUUAACAACAACAACAACAAAAAAAUACAUGAAAACAUUGUUAUUUAUUCGGAAAAGAAAUAAAAGGAUGCGUUUAACCCUUUACCUGUCUAUCAAGUUCAUUGUAAAACAUGUCAAAUGCAACCCGAUGCAACACACUGACCAAAUGUACAGCUUUGAAUGAAAGCAUCUGUCAGAUGUAAUGCUGCAUGAUCGAUUAUUGAUCUUCUUUUUUUUGUGUGACAUCGAGAAAGCCUUGUGACUGUGUUUGGAAUAAAGUGUAUGACCCCAUGAAUGCACUGUGCAGUUUACCCCCCUUUGCUGCUCCAUGGGAAAAGAAAUCCAUUGCUAUUUUGGGUUUUCCACGUCAUCUCUUUCAACUUGGCCCCCAACUCCGGCCGCCCAGUCAAUGUCCAGUUGAAGCUUUUCAGAAACUUGCAUAAUAGCUGUAACCGCUCGCGCAAUUACGUCAUCAGGUGAAUAUUAAUAAAAACCUCGCGAUGUUGCGGGUCGCGCUCGGGUCACUUUGGUAGAAGCGUGAAAUGGUUCAACUUUGUGUGUGUGUGGGGGGGGGAGAACAAAGAAAUAGCUCAACUAUAGACUACGUUGCGCGUGUUCAAACGAUGUUUCAGCUGCGUGCGGUGCGCGCUCUCGUGCUAAUUCUAAUGAAGUAGUUUUCACAGAGAGCCCGCGGAGGGCGAAAGGAAGGGAGGGAGGGCGUCGCUGUUUAAAACGCUGUGAAUGUGACAGCCAGCAGUCCAGACUGCCAGCCUCAGCUCGGGGAGGGAAUGAGGAGAGACCUCCGCGAGGAAGUGACGCGACGCGCGCCGCUCCACAAGUGCCGCUCGGACCCUUUACCGCGAAAACGCGUCGCCCCUGCGAGGGUGCAAACAUGACCGUGGUGCCCGGGGACAACCUGGACGAGACCGUGGCGUUGACGGCGCUCUCCCGGGAUGUUUACGACCCCGAGCGCGCCAGUCAGGAGUGCUGCGAGCGGGUGGUCAUCAACAUCUCCGGGCUGCGCUUCGAGACGCAGCUGAAAACCCUGGCGCAGUUCCCGUCCUCGCUGCUGGGCGACCCCAGGAAACGAAUGCGCUUCUUCGAUCCGCUGAGGAACGAGUAUUUCUUCGACAGAAACCGACCCAGCUUCGAUGCCAUCCUGUAUUACUAUCAGUCCGGAGGGAGGUUACGCAGACCCGUCAACGUGCCCGUGGACAUCUUCAUGGAGGAGAUUAACUUCUACGAGCUGGGAGAGGAGGUCAUCGAGCUUUUUAAGGAGGACGAGGGCUUCAUCAAAGAGGAGGAGAGACCGCUGCCCGAGAACGAGUUUCAGAGACAGGUCUGGCUUUUGUUCGAGUACCCGGAGAGCUCCGGACCCGCCAGGGGCAUCGCGAUAGUGUCCGUGCUCGUCAUUCUGAUCUCCAUCGUCAUCUUUUGCUUGGAGACAUUACCGGAGUUCAGAGAAGACGGGAAAACGUACGACGAGCACCUGUCGGUGAACGGAACUGUGAGUUUAAAGAAGCCGAACCCUUUCACGGACCCGUUUUUCAUCGUGGAGACCCUGUGCAUCAUUUGGUUCUCGUUUGAAUUGUUGGUGAGGUUCCUCGCGAGCCCGAGCAAGCCCGCCUUUUUCAAGAACAUCAUGAACACCAUCGACAUCGUGGCGAUCAUCCCCUACUUCAUAACCCUGGGUCUGGAGCUGGCCGAGCACCAGGGCAACGGGCAACAGGCCAUGUCUCUGGCCAUCCUGAGGGUCAUCCGCCUGGUGCGGGUGUUCCGCAUCUUCAAGCUCUCCAGACACUCCAAGGGUCUCCAGAUCCUGGGCAAGACCCUGCAGGCGAGCAUGCGGGAGCUCGGGCUCCUCAUCUUCUUUCUGUUCAUCGGGGUCAUCUUGUUCUCCAGCGCAGUCUACUUCGCCGAGACGGACGACCCCGACUCGGGGUUCAGUAGCAUCCCCGAUGCCUUCUGGUGGGCUGUGGUUUCCAUGACGACCGUGGGCUACGGAGACAUGUGCCCGGUCACCAUCGGGGGGAAAAUCGUGGGCUCUUUGUGCGCCAUCGCGGGCGUGCUGACCAUCGCGCUCCCGGUGCCCGUCAUCGUGUCCAAUUUCAAUUACUUUUAUCACAGAGAGACCGAGCACGAGGAGCAGCUACAGUACACGCACGUGACGUGCGGCCAACAGCAGCAGCCCCCGUUUGGCGACAGCAAACAGUCGCUCUCCAAAUCGGACUAUCUGGACUCAGAGGACGGAGACUCGGCCAAGUACACCAACUGCAGCCCCCGUAAAGCAUACACGGGCAAACUGAGUGACGUGUGAACGCGCGGAGAGGACACUCACGCACCCGAAGAGACGCGCUUGUCUCCGCGCGCGCGUCCUCGCCGUUGCGCCGCACCGGGCAGAUGUCUGAGGGACACUUCAUUUGAUAACAGUGCGGUUAUUUUCUCAACUGCCUUCCGUUGUUGUUGUUGUGGUUGGCGUACAGUAGGACGCAACUGUAGCUAUGUAGGCGCACAAAAGUAUAUUAAUGUUGUCAUUAUUAUUGUUAUUAUAAGCAAGUCCGACGAGAUCCAGCAGUAGCACUUUGCUCGUGUACUCUUAGUAAACAAAUUCGAUAGUUUAGCCCCAAAUUCGCUGCCUGUGCGAUCACACAGUUUCCAUGCAAUGCGCGUGUUAGGAAAGAGAUGGACCAAUAUAUUCAUAUUCUAACUUUCUUAUUUCGGAGGACACUGUUAAAAUGCAACGUCAUUUGAGAAAAAACCCUUGGGCCAGCAUUUUUAGUUGUAAUGCCAAUUUGUUAAAGACUAGCUGUAACAGGUCUAACGUUUACAAUUUGACACGUGCGCAUAUUCAGAAAAAAUAAUUUAUUCAAAACAACAGCUUGGUGAUUAUUCAGAACAUGUUGCAUUUUCAUUGCAAAGGCCAUUGCAUCUCAAAAUGGACUUGCUAAAUUCAUGCGUAAUGGCAAACGCACCGCUGGAGUCGAUAAGCGGACGUUAGCGUAAGCUUAAUAUGACCAACAGACGUGUAGAGAUCGCACAUUUUAAUAGUCCAACUCUAGAUAGGAAGUCGUUUCAAAGUUUAAUAGCCCCACCUAGUGACCGUCGACGGAAACUGUAUCCUUCGGAAGGAAAGUGUGUUUCCAUGGCAACCUUCCAUGCAGACGGUUCUAGACCAUACACUGUUCCCAUGAAAACAUGGUUGCUUUAUAAAGAAGAUACGACCUAAACAAAGAUGGCCAUAUUUGACAGGCCAAAGAAAAACAUACUAUUAGUCAAAUUCACCACAGAUGAUCAAAUGUCGUAAUGUACAUACAAAAACAACAAUGCCCACGCCCACUAGCGCGCGGCUGAUGCCACACGUUUUCAGCGAAGACGCUGAAAAGAAAUGGGCCAUGACGUCACCGUAAUUUCACUGUGACGUCACUUGCUUUUGCAUAAUGAACAUUAUGGUGGAUUGCUGCAGCGUCAACAAGCGGAGAACCGUAAAUGGAAAUAAAACACGCUCCACAUCAUCAGGAUCCUCUGAAUUCUCUGCUCCUUUAAAAGGAUUUCAGUUCAAGACCAAGAAGAAUUCAGGCAAUGUGAGGUAUGUUACACAGCACAUCCAUUAAGACAAAACAUGACUGUGUGUGCGUUUGAUGUUUUGUAUUUAAAACACUAGAGGGCAGUGUGUGCUUGUUUAUAUCAGAUUUCCAGGGCUUUUCAAUUCCACACCUGAAGGUCCAGAGGAGAGUUCAGCUCCAGUCAGGGUUAUUAUAGUUAACUAAAACUAAGGCCGUUUCUCGAUAUGCGUUCUUCAGCGAUCUUGCGUGUACGUAUCAACGUCACCGGUUCCAAUACUCAAGCACACAAGUACAGAGAACACCGUACACGGAUGUACUCUGACAUACCGAACCUGCUUGAAGUCCCAGAAGUCAUUGCGGUAGGUAGUUCAGAGUUUGUUCUUCAGAGAUUGCCUCACAAGACCAGUCUUCACGAGAGCACAAGUCCGUUUUUUGCCUAAAAAGCCUCAAUAUAAUUUUGAAAAACUUUAUUUCAGUUUGUUGCAAUAGCAACAUAUCCAUCACUAAAAUUAUAAACAAAUAAAAAAACUAAAUCUAGAAUUAAAAUAAAAGUAAGGCAAACACAUGUGGCAAUAUAAAUAAAUGUAAACGGACAAAACAGACGAAAAUAACAUUAAAAAUAUAAAAAAUAAAUGCUAAUUCCAAAUAUUAAUAAAACUAUUAAGACUAAAAAAAGUAAAAUAUUUUUUAUGAUCUCUAAAACUUCCUGUCAGCAAAUUUCUAAAUCUUUCAAGUUAAUGUGUUUAUUUGUGCAAACACAUUAGUUUCCUUCCCUAAAAACUCAAAUUUGAUUGGCUAGUCAUUGAUUCGAUGAUUUUUUUAAAAGAAUCACUUGGAUUGAAUAAAGUCAAUCAAUAAGAGGUCAGAAUAAAUGUGAACUCAUUUAACAAUGAGUGCGUUUACAUGCACAAAAUAAACGGACAACUAUCAAAAAUCAUCUUAUAAGAGAAACCUGUUUUCACGUGUUUACAUGCAUAAACCGGCUACGCAGAAAAACGCGUUUACAAAGAAAUCUGACACUUGCCAGGUUUCUCGCGUACAGUGACGUCACUAUCGAUAGUCCGUCUAUAGAAUGACGUUUUUAAAGGGAUAGUUCACCCAAAAAUGAAAAUUCUGUCAUCGUUUACUCGCCUUCGAGUUGUUCCAAAUCUGUCUAAAUGUCUUUGUUCUGAUGAACACAGAGAAAGAUAUUUGGAAGAAAGCUUGUAACCAAACAGUUCUUGGCCUCCCAUAGUAGGAAAAAUUACUUUAUAGUUUUUUUGUUGUGUUGAACACAAAAGAAGAUAUUUGGAAGAAUGUAGGUAAGCAAACAGUUCUGUCAUUGUUGUACUAUGGGAGUCAAUGGGGUCCAAGAACUGUUUGGGUACAAGCAUUCGUCCAAACAUCUUUCACUGUGUUCAACCAAACAAAGACAUCUAUACAGAUUUGGAACAACUAGAGAGUGAGUUUCGUGACACAAUUUUCAUUUUUGGGUGAAGUGUUCCUUUAAACUCAACAUUUACUCUUACAGCAACAAAUCAAAACAAAUGUUUGUUGGGAACCUGUUGUGUUUAAUGAGAUUUCACUAAACUAUAAUGCACAAUAAUGUACAAAUUUGAAUUCAUUAUCCGUAAUACGCUAUUCAGUGAAUCUGAUCUACAAAUUACAGCCACUGCAACGUAGUCUCAGGCAAGAGCAGCGCAUUGCAAAAAUAUGAUAAAUAAAUAACUAAAUAUUAUGUGGGAUAAUUUGCUCGUCUGAAGCAGGCGGAUAUGAAUGCAAAUCUUUUUUAAAGGAGUAUAUUUAUGAAGAUUACGUAUGGAGAGUCGGUCCAGCGCACCUGUCGGGACGGUCGGGUCAGGUUACGCCAGGGUAUUUCCUGACCCACUUCAACUUUUGCUGUGUUACUUUGUAUGCAUGUACAACAUGUUUUAUGAGGGAACGCUUGUCUGGUCGCACGGGAGAGGAAUAAGACACACACAGUUUACUACACGGGCACAUUCCACAGACUUCUGUUGUUUUUAUAUUCAGCUAGUUACUUAAAUCUGACACAAACAGAAAACAAUUUGUUGUUAAAGAAAUUGAUUGACUUUGUUUUGACAGAUGGGGAUCUCCCUCCCUGCGAUACGGCUAUGAACACAGGCGUCAUAUUAGGUUUUCCAAAGGUCAUGUUAUUUCAGGCUGCGGUCACUUUCACAGUCCAGAAGCCUUCAGCACUUGAAGUUCAUGUGACAUUAAUGCACCUCCCGAUGAGCCAGGAACACGGGACUCUUAAUACUCCGUCUGAGGGUCUGAAUCCACACUGACAGGCGCAGGUUUUCCCUGCUGGAAAACAUGGAGACGAAAGCACAAUAACAGUGGCAGUAUAACAGUUUAGUCAUGUGUGGAACUCGGGCCGCUGGCUUGUGUUUCAGCACACAGGUGUCCAGUAGGUCACGCUGACUUUGAAACAGCUUCUGACUGUUCAUCUCUUCAACAUUCUGGUUGGGUUUCGCUUGAAACUCCGAGUAUCAAACUAAGCGAUUCAUUCAGCCCUGCAGUAUUCUUUGUAAAUAUUUGACGAGUUGGCUAGUUCAUAGGAGUUCGUACGGUCCCAUUCGUGCGUUUUGCUUUCACGAUUGCGAUUUACAGAGUAAGAACUAUCUUGUACAAUAGUUACAGUUUAUUGUGUAUAAAUACAUAGAAGCGAAUGGGGGAGGUGAGUUUUUUUUUUCUAGUUGUGAGACACAAUAACGGUUGCAUUUUUCAACCAAUUUCAAUGAUUUAUUGACUACGUAAUGUACAAAAACAUCCGGUAUCUAUUUGUUGAGAGAUGGAAACAUUAUUGUGCUUUUAAUAAAAAAAAAAACUGCAGCUCCCCAUUCACUCGUAUCUGUUCAUAGGGAAGUCUUGCCCUUUCCAAUAUGGCGGCACCGCAGCAACUGGCAAAAGCACUCAAUUUAGCAUCUGAAUGUUUGAUGUUGAUGAUCUUGCUUUAAAUUUUAAGUACAGACACACUCAGAUUUUCAGUAUUUACCGUUUGCCUUCUAAUUUUAUUACAAUUCAUAACGACAUUUCUGUAGAUAAUAUCAAAGACGUUAAAUACAAUAAAUAAAAUAAAUACAAUUUUACGAAGACAUUUGAGAACAAAGGUUACACAAAUCUCUAUAAAACACUGAUAGCGUUUAAAACGGUACUAUUGGAUUGUGUGAUGACUGUGAUGCAUUGUUUUUUUGUUUGUUUGUUUGUUUUUUUACAGAAAACACCUAAACCUUCAACUUAUCUUUCAUUUGAACCAGUUUUCCACAGUUGCAUGCAUUGCAAUAGUUCUGUUUCUCCCAGGAAUAGCACAUCUGACUGAUUGAUUUCUAUCCUCAUUCGUUCCUUUUUAUCUCUUCCUGAAUAUUGGAAGUAUUCUUAAGAAAUACAAAAUUCGGAACAAAUGUCGAAGAUUUAGAAUGACGAACAUGGACAGGGCAGUCGCUUGUUUUUGGAUCUGUAAAUGCUGUACUCUUUCAGAUCUAUAACAGCACCCCCUACUGUGUAACAGUGAAAACAUCAGUUUGAAAAGCUCAUCAAGUCUUGUCAUAAAUGACGAAAACGAGAGAAAAAAGUAAUACAACGUUAACAAUUGACCUUAAACAAGGCAGUGGGUUAGCAAAACAUGAUCACGUGUUGAUAAACAAAUAAAAAUAUUUGCCAGUCAAGUACAGGUCUCUGUAUGAAUCAGCCUUUUUUCAUAUAAUCGGUUGUUAGGCGUCUGUUUGGUAUUAGUUUCACGUCUUUUAUUUUGAAGUUGAGUUUUGUAGUCCAUGUCCAUGGUCUUUGUAGUUUUUUGUGUUACCCCACCCUAAUUGUGUGCAGGUGUGCUUCAUUGGGUCCUACUUCACGUUUCCUUCAUCUUUUGUCUAGUUUUCUUAGCACAAGUCAUUCUGCUGUUGGUACAGGUACGAACGGGAGACCUCCAUGGUGAUCUUUGACGUGAGAGAAUCUUGACCCUUCGUCCGCAUCAUAUGGAGCAAAAGCUACGCCUUCACAUCUACAAAAAAAAUCAUUUUAAGGAGCAUUUUCUUGUUUUAUUGGGGGAGUUUGUCAAAAACUCUGGACAACGUGGAAUUACAGGAAACGCAAAGAUGAUUUUUAGCAUGUCAAGGUAGAAAACGAUUUCAUUGAAAUCCCGGAUUACAUGAACAAGCAAUGUUUGAAAUGCUUCCCCGUGUUUAUUUGCCCCUAAAACAACAUGCUGUUGAGAGAAGUGUGCGCGAGUAUGUGUCUUUAGACAUGUUUAAACAUUACAUAUCAUAUGCUAUACCAAAACAUGUGUCAUGCGUGGAGUUGGGCAUGGUAUCAUUUUAUUACUAUUUUAAUUGAUUGAAUUUGUCUCGCCAACAAACUCAGAAAUCGUAUAAAGUGGGAACAAUGUACAAAUAUCAACAAAGACAAAAUUACUUGACUGUUGAGUUAAACAUUGUUAAAUAUCUAUUUUUUUAAAGUAUCAUAUAGGUUUUAUAUAAGAAUGUAAUGGGUUGAACUGCUAAAAGGUUAUUUUCUAUAUUUUUGAAUAUUUGCUAAGUGAUUUUCAUUCGUUUAUUUUAGCUACAGUGCAACGAAUUGCCAAAAUGUUUAUUUCUGUCAUAAUCGCUGCACCUUUUUUCCUGAGAUUGUUUAUGCAGUACAAACACGCGUUCAAACGCAAAGGUUUGUGUGUUUCUUUGUUUACUCUGUUGCGAUUGUUAAUACAGUUUUAGAAGGCUUUAUCGGCCCGUCGUCAUAAGCAUCUACCUCACUGUGCUGAUUGUCUGUUUACCUCGCCGUGUUGAGUUACAUCCAGCUAAUCGUAAGCCUUAUUUCUGAACCCAGCAUGUGCAAACAUCGGGAUUCAUCACACUGGUAAAUGUAAACGUGGCAUAAUUUGAUUCCAUCAAAAGUGUACCAAAACAUGUGAAAUGGUUUUAAUAGGGUUGUGAAGCUGAAACGCAAUAAUCAUUUUAGGGAAACGCAUGUUGGGAAAAUGUGGGAUGUUACGAUGUUUGUAGUUUUCAUAACAACUGUCAUUUUUGGUAGUAAAAUGGACGUAAAAUGCUUUAGCGAAAAGGUAUAUAAGACAUGUUAUCAUUUAAAUAAAAGUACCACUUCAAAUCUAAUAUGUACUCCAUUUGAGUCUAUGAACACGACCUUACACACUUUAAAGGAGCAGUUCAUGUAAAUAUGAAAAUCUCUUAAUAUUCUUCUUACCCUAACGGUAUCUCGGUCGCAUAUCACUUUCUUUCUUUAGUUCAACACAAAUUAAUAUUUAAUCUUGAAUCCCAUAUACGAAAUUAUCAUGGCAGUAUAUUAACAUAAAAUGAUCCAUUUGUGUUUAACUAAAAAAAAUAGUUGUUUUCGGGAUGGCAUUGGAUAAUAUUUACGCAUUUGGCAGACGCUUUUAUCCAAAGCGACUUGCAUUGCAUUGUAUUCUACAUUUGAUUCUGACUAUGUGCAAUCCCCUGGGAUCCAACCCAUGACCUUGGCGUGCUCUUACCACUGAGCCACCGUGAAGCUGAUAACUUUCAUAUUUGAGUUAACUCUUCCGUUAAUACUUCCAAUUGAUUUAUUUGAUUAACUAUGGAAUGGAACAGUAAUGGGGAGCAAUGUGAAGUCCGAAAUCAUUUGUGCGGUCUAAACCAGCUCAUUUGGACAUGCAUGCAAACGCAUUUACACAAAUCCCUGCCAAAAAAUAUAUUAAAUGUUGAUUGUGACGUCAACAAAUCAACCAGCUCACCGCAAACUCAGUUCUCCCUUUCUUUUAACAAUGUUAGGACAGGUGCUCCUUCAGAAGUCUGUGUCUGGUUUUUUCAUCGCCAUCAAUCCACCUUGAGAGCGUGAUGCUCGACACUCAUCGAAAUUUCAUAGAAACGCUCGCAAUGCACAAGUGGGAAUUUUUUGACAGUUGCGAAGUCAAAUCUCUUCUAAAUUGGAAUUGCCCAAACCUUUUCCCAAUUUGUUUGAAAUUAUGGUUACAGAACAUAAGGAACAUUCACAAUCACGUUCAAAAGUUACAUUGUAUCAUUGAAAAGUUUAACAUUGGGCCAAAAUCUGAAGUGUCGACAAAGUUGAUGCUAUAUUCCACUUGAGACGUAGACACAAGUUUACAGCAAAAUGAUGUGCAAACGCUUCGUUAAUUAACCUUAUUGUCUACACCGAUCUACUCAAACUCUCCAAAACUAGAUUUUGGUUAAAGCCUGAAUAUUGUAACAUUCAAAUAUUUCCUUUGUCAGCUACCAUACUCGUCGCCAGAUUUGUACGAAUUGGAAUAUCAAUUACAUGGCUCUUGAACUUUUAAAGUUGGUAACGAAAUAUUCCAUUAUGUGGUUGCAUUGCUGGCUUGUUUUUACAUUUCGACCUAAAGUGAUUCUACUACGCUUGGCAUGUGUAAAUGUUUUACAAAGGAUUAUAAGUUAUGAAAGAUGCGUUAGGCUAGAAGUGCCCCAGGAUGGCCGUGACAGACAGUCAUCAGAUAUUUUCAUUAAGAUACGAGCCUCCCAACAUUCACAUCAAUCCCCGUGUGAUUUCAUACACAUCCCAUCGUAUCGCCGUCGGCUGUGUGCAUGUCGUGCAUGUUGUGUAUGUAUUUACACUGUUGCCUGUUAAGAGAAUUAUGCAAAGAGGGCGUUGACAUUGCUGACAUGCUCAUGUGUGUGUGUUUAAAGCAGGGAAAGUGAUUCUCAUGCACAUACAAUGAUCAUACGUAUAUCUAUGGAAACCACUGUGAUUAUACGGACGAACCGUUGCACACCUGUCUACGAUUAGUUAUCAAUAGCAAUAACGCAUGAUAAAUCGUAUGAAUACAAAAUAUCACUGUUGCUUUGCACAUGAUGUCAAAGAUGGUUGUGUACAUACGGUAUGUUUCUUUGAUAGUGCCUUAUAUCCCAUGUCAUGUCAUAUUGUAAGAAAUGUAUGCAUUCACGGUUGUAUAUAUUGAAAUAUCAUUGAUUUGAUUACGAAUGUAACACAUCUAAAAUCUUGCUUGGGCUGUGAUGUUCUUCAUGUGUGCGAUUGUGAAUGAUUUGAUCUCAGCGUAUCAAUUAUUCAGCAAAGACGUCUACAGGUUGGCACGCACCCUACAAUAACCCCGUCAUAAAUAAUCCAAGCAUCAUUCAAGCCACACUGGCGAUAAAUCAAAGACGUGGUCCCAACUGAGUAGAUGAUAACAUUAUGUUAACGCAGUACUAUCAACGACCACUAAAACUAGAAGUCAUGACGGAUUAACUCAUGCUAAAAUAUGCACCUUUUCAUUUGAAGAACGUCCUGGCAUACAGCAUGUUGAAAUAAUAUUAGCAAAGAUUAAUAAAUGGCGUGAAAUUAUUGUUCAUUGUUUAGUCAUUACCUUAUACGUUAACAUUAGUUAACGCAAGCACCCAAAAUGCAAGUGUCGACCCAAUUAACAGAACCAGAUUAUUAUUCAGUUGAGCAAUAAUUGAAUUAGCAGUAUGUUGUAAAACUUCAUACAUUUUCGUUUGAUCUGCCUCAGUGACAGUUAUGCUUAGGGGUGGACUUCCAUGCGUCCUUUAUUCUUGAACGUUUUUGUACGAUUCGGAGACGCCACCUCCGUGAGAUCAGUCUGACUCACUCUGUGACUGCAUGUAUGUGCGUGUACUGUAUGUACGUAUGUAUGUAUGUAUGUGUCUAGCACAUCUGAAGAGCUCUCUAAUGUUAGCACUGUACAAACAUGUCUAAUACUGUACGUCCUGUACGAUCUGUAUGAGUAGUUCUUGUACUAAAUAUUGAGUGGCUGUCGUAUUUUUUCUGCUACUGUAAGAAUCAUCAGUCACGAUUUACAAGAUCAGGAGUCUGCUAAAUGUCCUAGUAUUCUCGCUCAAGUCGACGAAUUAAAUGUUUAGUUCACAGGAUAGAAAUUCAUGACGUACUGUAAUUUUGCAAAAGAUGUUGUUAUAGAGAAUAUGUUGUGUAUGUAUGUGUGUGUGUGUUUAUAUAUAUAUAUAUAUAUAUGAAACCUAAACGUACAUUCAGAAUGUAUGCAAUAAAAUCCCUUUGAAUACAACUUAUGUCUGAUGU